AUGCAGGACGUAGCGUCAUUAUUUUCGAAGCCGAAGCUUCUACCUUUCACCGUCCCCGGCACCCUCAACCUCGCCAAGUUAAAUCCCAUCCCUCACAGGUACCGCCGCCGCAUACGUGCGAGACAACGACUGUACUCGCGCUCUGAUGAAAUCACCCGCCUAAAGACCUCCUUCAAUGUCCUCGAAACCAUCCAGGCCGUCCGCCGCCAUAGGUGGACUUUCCACGACCUCCAAUACGUCGGACUUGCGCUUGUGGGCUUCACCUCCUUGAUCCUGGCACCUGCUUCGCCUAUCUUGAAGCUGUUGGCGCUGUUGGGAGGAUCGGUGCUUAUUCUUAUGCCCAUUACUGGCCAGUUCUUCUUCGCUGGUCUCACGAUAUGGGUGUACCUAUUAUACUUCUUCUGCAGCCGAUUCAUUCCCACAGAAAUUCGCCCUCACAUCUGGGUCCGUGUUCUUCCUGCCCUCGAGAACGUCCUUUAUGGUGCCAAUCUCUCCAAUAUUCUCUCCGCCCGCACUCACAUGGCUCUUGACCUCAUUGCCUGGAUCCCCUACGGCAUCCUGCACUUCGCACUCCCUGCUAUCGUCAUUGGCAUCUUGUUCAUCUUUGGUGCCCCUGGCAGCGGUCCCUCCUUUGCCAAGGCCUUUGGCUGGAUGAACAUCACUGGUGUCACGAUUCAGCUCCUCUUCCCUUGUACCCCGCCGUGGUACGAGAAUGAGCAUGGCCUGUCUCCUGCCGUCUACGGCAUGCCCGGGUCCCCCGCUGGCCUUGCCCGUAUCGACAAGAUCUUCGGCUUCGACAUGUACACGACGAACUUCUCUACCGCGCCGGUUCCCUUCGGUGCCUUCCCCUCUCUCCAUUCCGGAAACGCCGUCAUCGAGGCCCUGUUCCUUAGCUACUGCUUCCCCCGGUUCCGCGGCUUCUUUGCCGGCUACGUCCUCUGGAUCUGGUGGGCCACGAUGUACUUGAGCCACCACUAUGCCGUAGACCUGGUCGGAGGCGGUCUCAUCGCCGCGGCCUUCUUCUACGUCUAUAAGGCCUACUGGAUGCCCAGGCCCCAGCAUGACAAGGCGACACGAUGGGACUACGAGUACGUCGAGUACGGCGACCGCAAGUCCAUCUUCGACGAGGAGUUCGGUGCCUACGCCCUUGGUCUCAUCGACCGCCAUCCCCCGAGCGACAGCGACGAGUGGACUGUUGGUAGCAGCUCGAGUAGCUUCGCCAGCGGCAGUGGUAGCGUGAGCCCCACCUUGUCCGAAGAGAGCAUUACGUUCCGUCGAGAGGUGCUUGGAAUGGAUGUCAGGCCGGAUCAGGCAUGGGACGGUCCCCGAGUGACGAAAAACGACCUGAGGCAGGUGGUGGUGGUGGGGUAA